AUGUUGGACGGCCUAAAGAUGGAAGAGAACUUCCAAAGCGCCAUCGAGACCUCGGCCUCCUUCUCCUCGCUGCUGGGCAGAGCGGUGAGCCCCAAAUCUGUCUGCGAGGGCUGUCAGCGGGUCAUCUCGGACAGGUUUCUGCUGCGGCUCAACGACAGCUUCUGGCAUGAACAGUGCGUGCAGUGCGCCUCCUGCAAAGAGCCCCUCGAGACCACCUGCUUCUACAGGGACAAGAAGCUCUACUGCAAAUAUGACUAUGAGAAGCUGUUUGCUGUCAAAUGUGGGGGCUGCUUCGAGGCCAUUGCACCCAACGAGUUUGUCAUGCGGGCCCAGAAGAGUGUGUACCACCUGAGCUGCUUCUGCUGCUGUGUCUGUGAGCGGCAGCUCCAGAAGGGCGAUGAGUUUGUCCUGAAGGAGGGGCAGCUGCUCUGCAAAGGGGACUAUGAGAAGGAACGGGAGCUGCUCAGCCUGGUGAGCCCAGCAGCCUCAGACUCAGGCAAAAGUGAUGAUGAGGAAAGUCUUUGCAAGUCAGCCCAUGGGACAGGGAAAGGAGCCACCGAGGAUGGUAAGGACCACAAGCGCCCCAAACGUCCCAGAACCAUCUUGACAACCCAACAGAGAAGAGCAUUCAAGGCCUCAUUUGAAGUAUCCUCCAAGCCAUGCCGGAAGGUGAGAGAGACCCUGGCUGCAGAGACAGGGCUGAGUGUCCGUGUCGUCCAAGUGUGGUUCCAGAAUCAGAGAGCUAAGAUGAAAAAGUUGGCCAGGCGGCAGCAGCAACAGCAGCAAGAUCAGCAGAACACCCAGAGGCUGAGUUCCGCUCAGACAAAUGGUGGUGGGAGCACUGGGAUGGAAGGGAUCAUGAACCCCUACACUGCUCUGCCCACCCCACAGCAGCUUCUGGCCAUCGAGCAGAGUGUCUACAGCUCAGAUCCCUUCCGACAGGGGCUCACCCCACCCCAGAUGCCUGGAGACCACAUGCACCCCUAUGGUGCUGAGCCCCUUUUCCAUGACCUGGAUAGUGACACCUCCCUCAGUAACCUGGGUGACUGUUUCCUAGCAACCUCAGAAGCCGGGGCCCUGCAGUCCAGAGUGGGAAACCCUAUUGACCAUCUGUACUCCAUGCAGAAUUCUUACUUCACCUCUUGAGUCUUUCCCUCGAGUUCUGUGGCUAGGCUCCCAAAUGGAACAACCAUAUUAUGUGAGGGGUUGACUGGCUUUAGAACGGGGAGGCCAGGGAAGAGGUGGGUUGGGGAGGGAGUUUU